CAGCUAUGGUAGAGUGUGUGAGUACAGGAGAGGAAACAGGAGAGCAGGUGGUUUUGGAAAGAGGAUAACAGCUGACACAGGGCCAGUUAUGUCUGUAUUAAUGUGUGGCCUGAGGCCCUGUAACCGUGUGUUAAUACGGAGCAGUCUAAUGCUGUCCGGGCUCUGCAAGAACCACUCGUCUAAAGAGAUGGCACAGGUUUUUUUGCAUCAUUUCUGGAAUGUUUUCAUAGUUUCGGAGCUGUUCUUCAAUUCGGCUGUGUCUUCCCACUGGCUGUCCCCUGCAGACCGGGAUCAGCAGGUGAAGGAGCUCAGGACCGCAGGAUGGGUGGAGGUGAAGGGCCGUGAUGCCAUCUUCAAAGAACUUCACUUCAAAACCUUUAAUCAGGCAUUCGGCUUCAUGUCUCGAGUGGCUCUGCAGGCAGAGAAGAUGAACCACCACCCAGAAUGGUUCAAUGUUUAUAAUAAGGUCCAGAUUACAUUGACCACACAUGACUGUGGAGGACUGUCAAAACGGGACGUCAAAAUGGCAACGUUUAUUGACAAAAUUGCACCUUCAGAUUGAGGUUUUUGUCUUCAAUCAGAAAGUUUCUCUGCAAAUAAUUAUUCCUAAUAAAAAUUAUUAAAUAAUG